ACUGUUACAGAGAGGAAUCGGUGUUCUGGUGCAGCAGUCUUAGCCCAGCAGUGGUGGGGACGUGACGGCGGGUGGUGCGGGAGUGGCCACCGCGGUGGAACGGGGCAGGUGGCCAGGUGGGACGGACAGACCGAAUAAGAGAAGGAAGGAGCAGAGCUGGCCCAUCGCAGCGCCGCGGACAAGCCUCCCCGCACGGUGGCGCCGCCGCCUGCCACCGUAUCUAAGCAGCCGCGCCGAGCCUCUCGGGCCCCGCGCGGGAGGGCGUGGCGCUCCGGACGGACGGCUCGCUCCGCCAAUCAGGAGGUGGACUCGCCGUGAGCCCGGGCGCUCUCCCAAUACCAGAGGGCGGGGGUGGUGCGCGGCUGGCCCAGACUAGCGCGAGGCGGCAGCCGCGCUCCGCGCAGCCGGAGCCUUCGCGGCGGCGGCGGCGCUGGCUGCUUCGUCCAGGAGCUGGCGACGGCAGCGCGGAUGAGCUGCAGGCCCAGCGGAGAAGCCCUGCCGCAAGCGGAAGCCCAGCUGAGCCUGUAAACCCUUAGCCAAAAGUUGGCAAACCGCAGGGAAGUGGAAACGUGUGUGAUGACUGAGUUUGCCCUAAAAGAAAUCAUGUCAUCAGGAGGAGCUGAAGAUGAUAUUCCUCAAGCUGAGAGGAAAACAGUGACAGACUUUUGCUACUUAUUGGAUAAAUCUAAACAGCUAUUCAAUGGCUUAAGGGAUUUACCUCAGUAUGGGCAAAAGCAGUGGCAGUCUUAUUUUGGGCGAACCUUUGAUGUUUACACCAAACUCUGGAAGUUUCAACAGCAACAUCGACAAGUGUUGGACAAUCGGUAUGGGUUGAAGCGGUGGCAAAUUGGGGAAAUUGCUUCAAAGAUUGGGCAGCUCUAUUACCAUUAUUACUUGCGCACUUCAGAAACCAGCUAUCUCAAUGAGGCUUUCUCCUUCUAUUCAGCCAUUAGGCAGAGGUCAUACUACUCCCAAGUCAACAAAGAAGACAGGCCUGAAUUAGUGGUUAAGAAGCUGCGUUACUAUGCAAGGUUUAUAGUGGUUUGUCUCUUGCUCAACAAAAUGGAUGUUGUAAAGGACCUUGUAAAGGAGCUGUCAGAUGAAAUUGAAGACUACACUCAUCGCUUUAAUACUGAAGAUCAGGUGGAGUGGAACCUGGUUCUUCAGGAAGUGGCAGCAUUUAUUGAGGCAGACCCUGUCAUGGUUUUAAAUGAUGACAACACCAUUGUAAUCACCUCUAACAGGCUUUCUGAAACAGGAGCUCCGAUGCUAGAGCAGGGAAUGAUAGUGGGACAGCUUGCUCUUGCAGAUGCGCUGAUUAUUGGGAACUGCAACAACCAGGUGAAGUUCAGUGAACUGACAAUUGAUAUGUUCCGAAUGCUGCAAGCACUUGAAAGGGAACCAAUGAAUUUAGCAUCACAAAUGAACAAACCUGGAAUGCAGGAGUCUACAGAGAAACCAGCCAGACGGGAAAACCCCCAUAAAUAUCUACUUUAUAAACCAACUUUUAGCCAGCUAUAUACAUUUUUAGCAGCAUCAUUUAAGGAGCUGCCUGCAAACAGUGUACUGCUGAUUUACUUGUCUGCCACGGGCGUCUUUCCAUCAGGUCGUUCGGAUAGUGAAGGUCCAUAUGAUUUUGGUGGUGUUCUGACAAAUAGUAACCGGGACAUUAUAAAUGGGGAUGCUAUCCACAAGCGAAACCAAUCUUACAAAGAGAUGCACUGUCUUCACCCUGGAGAUCUCUACCCUUUCACAAGGAAACCCCUAUUCAUCAUUGUGGACUCUUCAAACAGUGUCGCCUAUAAGAAUUUCACAAACUUAUUUGGACAACCAUUGGUGUGCUUGCUUUCUCCAACAGCAUAUCCAAAAGCAUUACAAGAUCAGUCUCAACGGGGUAGCCUCUUCACACUCUUCCUGAACAAUCCUUUAAUGGCAUUCCUGUUUGUCUCUGGAUUAUCAAGCAUGCGCAGAGGGCUAUGGGACAAGUGUCAAGAUUACCUAAGAAAAAUCAACCGAGAUAUUGCCCAGCUGCUGACCCACUCCCGGUCCAUAGAUCAGUCAUUUCUUCAGUUUUUUGGGGAUGAAUUCCUUCGCUUACUUCUAACAAGAUUUAUCUUCUGUUCGGCUACUAUGAGGAUGCACAAAAUUUUCCGGCAGGAGACUCGAAAUUAUCCAGAAUCUUAUCCUCAGCUGCCAAGAGAUGAAACGGUGGAGAACCCGCACCUCCAAAAGCACAUUUUGGAGCUGGCUUCCAUACUGGAUGUCAGGAAUGUUUUCCUGGAAAACACGCUCGAUGACUAUUAAAAGAAACUGUCUUAUUGCAAAGGGAUUUCCCUGGCCACAGAUUUUGAAUGGUGCAGUUUUAUAAUGUGAAAAUCAUAAAAGGAAGUACUUGAUUUUAUUUUUAAAUUUAGGACCAUUAUUUUAAAAAGUAAUACUAAAACAGCUGUUAGUUUAGCUGUUCCAUUCUGUAUGGGGUCAAUUUUAUAAGCAGAGGUUUUCAUGUCUUUUAAAUGUUACACUAAAGAAUCACUAGAGGUUUAUUUCUGGUCUUGUGGCUAGCAACCACAUUUCCAACAGCUGAUCCUAAGCAUAGAAGUACUAUUGGUUACCUUUAGCCCACGUUUGUGGAAAUCCUUUAUUUUUAUACAAUUUUAAGAAAUUGGGAAAAAAAUGAAUAGAAAAAGCAGUAUUUUAUCCCCAAAGAGUCCAGAUUUGAGAUGGUAAAGAUGGAACCACACAGUGCAAACCAGCAAUAGCAAUAAAUGAGAGUCCUUCAUAACAAAUAUAUUUUUUUCAGGCUUAGGCAAGUAAGUAGACAAAACUGUGGACAAUUAAGUUGCAUUUGGAGCAGUGAGUUUGAAGUAAAGAUGCUUAAUGCUCCUUAUAAAUUUGACAGAGCAGUUUUAUACAUGAACUUCAUACUGCUGACCAAGGAGAUGAUUUCCACUCUGUCUGACUUGGCAGAUGGUCAGCAGAUCACCAAAUUAAAGAACCAAGGAAGCUAGCCCCCAUCUCUCACUGUAACAUGGGCCAUCUUGCUAUUUGUAUUGCUGCCACAGUUUUCCAGGAGGAGGAGGAGGCACUCUUCAUUUUGAGGUACUAGAUAGAAAUUCUUGCAUUUCCAGCAGGUGUUAUCCCUCCUUUCCAUGUGUGGAUGCAAAGUGUGGCUCCCACAGUGUUACCAGUCCCUGGCAGGAGCUGAACGAAUGUCCCACAUAGUGCUGCAUACAAGCCCUUCCUGUCACUCCUUUAUCUGACCCAUCUAUGCUAGAUCCCUGUGCCUGAGGCUAGAUGCUGAUGCUCCUCUUGCAGCUUAAAGUGGGUACUGCCCUGAAGCUCUGUUAAUGUUUUGCAUGCCCACCAUUGCAUCUCAGUCCUACCUUUGAACCAGUAAAAUUGAGGGGCUAUAAUGAUGUGAGGCAGCACUUCAGGUUCACUCAGCCCAUAAUGCUCGAUCUGAGUAUGUUAAGGAAUUCCAUGGCCUUUGUAAAGGCACUUGCUGGAAAAGGCUGUUGUGACUUCUGAGAAAAGUGCUUGCUGCCUCCUUUGGACUGAACUGCCUUCCUUGCUGAACUAGGAGACCUCUUGCAACUCCUGACACUGAAGGUGUUAGCAAGAAGGAGAUUAAAAUAUUUGAAGCUUUUUAAUUAAAAGUCCAUUGUUACUGUUCCAUGGGCUGCUAGAAAAGAAGUGAAAGGCCAAGUCUGAUCCAUGCUUUUAUGUCUCUGUUUUUAGGUGAAAAAAGUGCAGAACUUGGUGACUACCAUAGAUUCAUGGUAGGCCUGUUUUCAGUGCCAUCAUACAAGGUAUGAUCUAGUCAGCUGCAGUAGCAAAAGGCAGCAAGUCAGCAUUGGUGGACCCCAUUCAGCUGAGGAGAACAAAGUAUGGAACUGCAAGAAUGGCUUAGAGCAUAGCUGGGAAGUUUGCAUGAAGGUUCUUUGUAGCUGGGCUGAAGCUUAUGCCAACCAUUCUUUAAUUUCCCAAGUGUACAAAAUUCUGUGAAUGCUAGUGUUUGUUCUGAGCAGUCUUGAAGCUGAUAUAUUGAGCCUGCCCCUCACCUUGGUGCUGCUCCUCUUUGGACUUUGGCAGGACUUCACUACCUGGGUUGUGGAGUUUAUUUUGAAGUGUGUAUGUGCGUGUGCAUGUGUAUUCUCGGCGUCUGUGUGUAUAUGUACAAUACUCCUACAUCUACUGGCUGGUGUAAAUUGUAAAUAUGUAUAUAUGUACAGCUCCUUGUAUAUGUAUUAAAAAGACUGAAACAGUACAAUGUCUAUAUACAAAAUUUAUAUAUACACACAUACGCCAUUCUGGGUGCAUUCCACAGGGAGCUGAAGAUCAUUUGUGGUUGUAGUGAAGGCUGAGGCUCUUCUGCAAUUGUAAUUUGCUGGUUCUAGGGACUUAACACUUGGACUUUGAAGUUAUUUGUAACUGGUUUCAGGCACAGGAGGCUUUAGUCAGGGGAAGGAGAACUCCUGUUAUGUAUUGCAGUGAUAACAUUGGUGUUGUCUUAACUGUGAAGCUGAUAUCUGCUUUUUUUUCUGGUAGGAGGUCCCUGGUUAUUCAGACAUGAGAUUGUAGAAGCUAAAGAUGCAGAAAGCUUUUAAUGCAGCAGCAAGUGAGAGAUGAGUUAUGUUGCCCUGCCUGCUUUCCUUCCACCAGCAAUGCUCAACUUGCACGGAAAAGGGGAAUUUAGUCUUCCCCAGCUCACUGCCUUCCUACCAAAUGUUUUUUGUUUUGCUUUAGCUUUGCUUUGAUGAAGCUAUUCUCAUUUUGGUACCGUAUAUCUGGAACAGAUAUCAAGACGUUUCUAAGCACAGGAGCUGUGGUGAUUCCAUUAGCAUGGGUUAGUGAACCUCUGUGGUAUGAGGCUUGUUAACUGACUGGGAAAGCCUUGUCAGACCCAGGCUUCUUUUUGGCUGGGCUGAAGUGUGGAGUCUUUGCUUGUGAUCUGAGAGGCUUUUAAUCCACUUUGCAGCCUUAAGAAGAGGUCUGUUUGCUGGUUACCAAGGUAGAUCAAAUCAGAGGAGAAUGCACUUUAAAAAAGCAAAACCAUCCUGGAGCAGCCAGAAUGUAGGAAGAGAAUGUAAGGCCUUGAAAUUAGUUCAGAAAUGGAACUGUUCAAACCAGAAAUCAUUUCUGAGGUCCCUCAUUCUCUUCUUACCUACUGACCUUCUGUUCAGAAGGUGCACUGCUAGUGGGGAUACUCAGAUACAAAUUUCAGCCCUGUUCUAUCAGUAGGAGUAUGGAAUUGUACUUUGUAAGCAGGCCUAUACCCUCUGUCUGCUCUAACUGUAGGCAGGAUGAGUGUCUGCUCUUGGAUUUGAGCCUGCCCACUCCUUUCCCACCCAAAGCAACUGCAUUCAAGAUGAAAAUAUUGAUUAUUUUCCUCUCCAAGUAAAAGCUUGUCUUGUUUGAACUGAGUCAUUCUAAACUUGUGCUACUGUGUGCUGUGUGCUACGGUUGUAGGUACCUUCUCAUGUAUGCUUGUAUGUACUGAAGAAAAAAUUGAUUUCUGUAUCUAGCAGUCAGUGUGGAAGUGGAGCAAAGACUGAACCAUUUUAAAGUGAGAACAAGUCCUUUUCUUAGACCUAAUGCCUUCCCUCUUGUCUUGCUCUCCCUUUAUCCAUAUAUCUUUAUUGCUUAUGUUAGCAGAUUAGAUUUGCCACCCCCAGGCAAAACUGAAUUAAAGGGGUAAAUUCUGUAUGUAGCAACACAUUGAGAGAAUGAGAACUGGACUGAACAUGUCCAUACUGGACUGCUUCCUGCCUAGCUUCCUGCUUACUGCAUGUGGUGUGUUUAAAUGAAUCCUGCUCUCACAGCAGGCACCUCUGUUUGUGCCCUGUUCAAACUGGCUUUAAGACAUCUAUCCAAAGUUAUUGCUGCUGCCUUUUGUUUUUUCCCCUUUUGACUUCUCAAAGUAACAGAGGAAAAUGCAGGGUUAUGAGUCUUUAAUGCCCUGUUUUUUAAUUACUCUUGGGAUGUGUCAUUUUGCUUUGUGUGCAAGCUAAAUGGAGCAGUAACUUCUGUGAGCUGUGCAAACUGGACUUGCUCCCUGGAGCACUUUCUUGAGAGAUUUUGGGACAGUUUGUGUGGUUAGCUCAUCAAAAUAAUUUUUGUCAAGUCAUGACUUUCCAAACCCCUCAAGACUCUCCCCCAGGGAGAAGCUCUGAGGAAGUAGAUGGGGGGAGAGGAAAUUAGGCUUCAAAUAAUCAUCUUAAAAAGCUCCAACUUCAGUAGCUCUGGUCAGACUUUUAGGAGGACAGGAUGAAACUGCUGCUUCAAGACCCAUCCCUGGCAUGCUGUUGUGAAGCACCUCCCCUGCCCCUCUGCCUUGCCUUGUGCUGUGAGUCCAUGCUGUGCUGCAAGUCUGCUUUUUCCUGGCAGUUAAAAAACUUGGAAUCUGUCUGAAUAACUUCUUUGUCUUGAGGUUUCUUUUAUAAAAGUUUUAUCUAUUAGAUUCUUCAGUAACUGUUCUGACUACAGAUCACCAAGGAUAGCAGUGGGCAGAGCCCUCUUCCAGUCCUGCUUGGUCCAUGAUAAUGGCUGCUUGGUGUUGGUCACUGAUCUGUGGUGGCUGCUGCUGCUCCUGAGACUGAGGGAGCUCUGCAGGCAGUAACAGCACGAGUAAUCUUACAAGCAAGGGGGGAAAUCCAGUCUGCAGAGCUUAAAAGCUGCUCUCUGCAACUCCUUCAUGGUAGAUGAGCUGCAGUCAGCCUUCAUAUGAGGGAUACUGGCGCAGAGGGGCAGAAUUCUCCAGAGCAGAAAGAUAAUACCUUCUUGAGGUGGCUCUCUUACAUUUUUAAUGUCUUUGACUUUCAGAGCAGCACUGUUUCUGUGACCAAACAUACUGCAGGUGCUUUGAAGAUCUGGAUGCCCACAAACAGAGCAGGGCAGGAACACAUCAGACACAUCUGCUUUAUACACAGUUUCAACCUACCCUUUUUUUCCCCCUCCAAACCAUUACUCUGCCAAGACAGAGAAGACUUAGUUCAGGAUUUCUGAAUUUGACAAAUCUUUUGGGGGAUUAAGGAGUGUCUGAAUUUUACUGACUUACUCAGUGUGCCAGCUGCCCAGAUACACACACAAAUGUUUUGCUGUUGGAGGUGCUGGUUUCAUUCACAUCAAGCGCAGACUUCAGUGCAAUUUACUGACCCUAAGCAGGUCCCUGAGCAGUGCAGCUCAUACCAGAUCCAGUAACAGCAGCUGGUUCUUCAAGAAUAGAAGCUGCUGUGGUCUGCCCUACUGCCUUUGCAGAUUUAUAUUUUUUUGGCACUUGCUUGUUAUUAUCACUUUUCAGUGACUUGUUUGGGGUAGAAUUCUGCCUCACACAAGCUAAAAAGCACAAGUUGCUUCUGCUCUGGCCAAGGCUUGGUAAAAAGGGAUGAGGGAACCACAAGUGCGAGAGAGGGAGCAUUCUGAAAAUGCAGAGGGGAACUAACUGCCUCAGUGUGCAGACCUAAGAGGAAUGCUUUGCCUCUCUGAGCAUCAGAUUCUUUACUACCAAAAGGAAUUUUAUAGUGAAUUGGUUUGAAGUUAUUUUACAGCCCUGUGCCUGUAUAUCGUAUUUUGGUAAGAACAGAUAUUUUACUUAAAAUAUACAGAGAUAUAUAAAUAAACUUCUUUUUGAGAAAAGUGACUUUUUUUCGCAAGGGAUCUGUAACUCGCCAGUGCAAUGUACUACCAGAAACUUGGUGUCUUUGGGAGAAAAUGUGUUUGUAUUACUGCUGGAUCUUUCGGGAAGAAGUAAAAGCUCAAGAUGAGAACUGCUCUGAACACCAUGUCAGCAGCGCGAACACCUUCCUUUCCACCUUGGUUUGUGCUGGUAACAAAGCCGGAACGCGAGGCUUGCCUACUGCUGCCCUUCACCACGUUCUAAGCCGUUUUCAGUGACUUUCGAGCAGAUGUCUGUACGCUUCUGUUUCCGUCAGCGGCCUCUCGGUGUCUCGGGUUUUGCUGUGUACGAGCCGUUUGUUGUUCUUCUCUUGUGUAUGUGGGGCCGGGGCUGCGGUUCCCCUCCGCCGCGGAAGGGCUGGGCCGUGCCCUGCCGUGCCGUUCGCGUUCCCGCCUGUGUAUUCCUGGCUGUUGUCAGAACUCCCUAACCCCUCCGGCCGUGUCCCAGGCGUUCACUGUCAAUAAACUCUGCAAACGCUGUA